AUGUCUCUGGCCAAGCAAAACUUUUCUUCUGCUUCUGAGGAGGCUAUCAACCACCAGAUUAGCCAAGAGCUCCAAGCUUCGCAGGUGUACCUCUCUCUCUCUGCCUGGGCUGGCCAUGUCAACCAGGCCCUGCCCGGUCUCGAGAAGUUCUUCAAGGAGAGCGCCGAGGAGGAGCGCGAGCACGCCCAGAAGCUGAUCGACUACCAGAACCGUCGUGGUGGCAAGGUCAUCCUCCAGACCCUCCAGGCCCCCGAGUCUGACUGGUCCUCUGCCCGCAAUGCUAUCGAGUCGACUCUCCAGCUCGAGAAGGAUGUCAACAAGAGCCUGUUGAACUUGCACAAGAUUGGCGAGGAGAACAACGAUCCUCAGCUCUGCGACUUUAUUGAGUCCGAGUACCUCGAGGAGCAGGUCGAAGCUAUCAAGAAGAUUGCCGAUCUCGUCACUCAACUCAACCGCGUCGGAGGCGAUGGACUCGGAUUAUACCUCUGGGAUCAGAACCUGUUGAAGAGCCACGAUGCUUAA